AUGUUUAACUGUGCACUAGACUGCCAGAUCGGAAAAUUUUUUAGGGUGGCAACCAUACAGGGGCCAAAGGCCGCAAACAUAAACAAAAUGCUGGCCAAAAACAAAUAUGUUCCUCGCGUGAAUCAGGUAGAUGCCAUUUUCCUCAACAAGGAUAUAACCCGUAUGAUAAGGGAUAAUCUGCUGGAGAACUUGCAAGCCAUAUCGCCUGUGCUGUUUAUUAAAAUACAACCAGAACUGGAUUUACUGAUACAAUCGGCCAUUUGGUUUGGAUCUGUCGGCAAGCGUUGUUCCACUUUUGGCCAGCAGCUGCUGGUGUUGGCCUACGAUGCGGAGAAGCUCACAGUGUCCAGAUUGGUAUUACACUUUGCUCUUACCGUGCUUCCGGGCUAUGUCAAGAGCUGGGAGGAACGACGUUUGACGCACCGCGUCGAAUGGUUCAGCCAAGCGAUUACAUGGGCGGAGAACAGCGCUUUGGUCUUAAACGUGCUCAAUUACUUUCGAUUCCUAAAGACUGGACGGAAGCCCACUUUAAUUGACUUUAUGCUGGGUCUUGACUAUAUCAGUUUACGCAACAACCAAAGACGCGACAUUGGCUACAAGUACCUGACGCGUGAAUUGCUCUGGGGCGGUUUUAUGGAAAUUCUUGGCCUAUUGCUGCCGAUUAUAAAUUUCCGUAAGAUUAACAGGCUGCUAAAGGCAGGCUUUUUUGGACAAGACAAUAACUGGCGACGUGACAGCAUCACCCGAGAACCUGUUGCUGCCAAGAUGUUGGCCAACACCACUUGCAGCUAUUGCGGAGAGCGUCCAACGCUGCCACAUCACAUGGGCUGUGGGCAUAUUUAUUGCUAUUACUGUUUAAGUGCGAAUUUACUAACAGACGCGAAUUUUGGAUGUACCAAGUGCGGCGCCAUAUGUCCAGAGAAGGGUUUACAAUGUGUCUGAUUUUUGUAUUAUGUUAAACUAGAAAUUAGAUAACGUUAUCAAAUUUAAAAAA